UAUACUAAAUUACAUGUAUUACCGUACAUCCAGGUCAUAAUAGUGCCGCACUCUCACAACGACCCGGGAUGGCUCAAGACCUUUGAGCAGUAUUUCUACGACCAAACCGCUUAUAUCCUCAAUAAUAUGGUCGACAAAUUGAAUCAAUACCCAGACAUGAGCUUUAUAUGGGCUGAAAUGUCAUUCAUGUCGCGCUGGUGGGACAGUCUUAAGAAUCGUCCGGAAAUGAGAGAAUCGGUUCGCAAUCUCAUCAAAAGAGGUCAACUCGAGAUCGUGACCGGGGGUUGGGUUAUGACAGACGAAGGCGCCGCUCAUUACUACGAUAUGAUUGAUCAGCUCAUAGAAGGCCAUCAAUUCCUGAGAACAAGUGUUGGUUUAACAGAAUCUCCGAUCAAUGGCUGGUCUAUCGACCCGUUUGGUCACGGAAUGACUUUCCCUUAUAUUUUACAAAAGUCGGGAAUCAGUAAUACGUUAAUACAGAGAACACAUUUCGGUUGGAAACAGGAAUUGGCGUCAAAACAGAUGUUGAAUUUCAUUUGGAAACAGAGUUUUGACACCAAGAAUAUGUCGGACCUGUUCUGCCAAAUGUCUGCUUUUGAUUUGUACUCAAUUAAGUUCACGUGCGGACCAAACACUGAUAUAUGUCUUCAGUACGAUUUCAGACGUAUAGCCGGAGAGUCCUCGGAGACCACAUCUAUUCGUAUAACUCAUGAGAACAUCAAAGAAAGAGCCGGUCUUAUGAUGAGCCAAUACGGACGUCUGGCCUCUCUCUACAAACAUAACGUAGCAAUCGUGCCAUUGGGCGAUGACUUUCGGUUCAAUAUUGACACGGAAUGGGAUCAACAGUACAAGAACUACAAAAUGCUUAUGGAUCACAUCAACAGUAAUCCAGUGCUUUAUAAUAAAACUGAGAUCACUUUCGGCACUCCCAACGACUACUUCACUGAAGUUCACCAAAGAAUGCAGAAAAUCAAUCAAAACAAAUACCCGACUCUUUUCGGUGAUUUCAUGCCAUACGGAGACGUUUACGUCGAUUCUAAACCUCACUAUUGGACCGGUUAUUACACUACCCGUCCAUUUUGGAAGUCAUUGUCUCGAGAAUUACAGCAUUAUCUAAGAAGCGCUGAGAUUGUCUACUCGUUGGCCAGAAAUCUUGUCCGACAAACAGGUAAUCAUAGGAUGAGUGAAAGACUAGACAAAGACUAUCAGUACUUAUCGUCUGGACGUCAGAAUUUGGCGCUUUUCCAACACCACGACGGCAUCACCGGUACGUCCAAAGAGCAUGUUAUGGAAGACUACGGCAAACGUAUGAGUCGUUCAAUCGUCGACUGUUUGGGACUUAUCUCACACUCCGUUCAGUUCCUACUAAUGAAAGACCACUCAAUCACACCGUUAGACAUGAACGCCGCGCACCCGUUGACGGCAUACUUGUUCCCCGAUCUUCAGCGACCCAAUUGGGAUGAAUUGACUCAAAAAGUGGUUCUUUCGGUGCCAUCAGUGGACGGAAGAAAGAUAGUUGUCUUCAAUUCUCACAUUCAGACCCGCAUUGAAGUGAUCAGAGUAUUAGUGAAGACACCUGUCGUUCGAGUACUCGACGCACAGAACGGAAACGAAAUCCAAUCACAAGUUAAUCCCGUAUUCAACACCACGGCUGCCAUUUCGACACAUGCUUUCGAAGUAGAAUUCUUGGUCUCAUUGCCAGCCCUUUCGUUGACCACAUUUGUGAUCCAGACAUUUGAAUACAGACACCGAACACACCAUCGCCCGAAGGUAUCGCUGUUUCUGAGUGACGCCAAACAAGACGAAGACAUCUUUGCAUUGAAUGAAAACAAAAUUCAUCCCAAAGUCUUUAGUUUUGACACUCCUUUUGAUAAGGACUACGAGUUGGAGACGCCGUAUAUCAGAGUGGGUUUUGAUCGGCGGACAGGCUUUUUGACACACAUUUACGACAAGCGCUCCAAUUAUCUGCAGAAAACGAAAUUAUCUUUUAUGGCCUACAAAUCGGCUGACUUUAAUAGCGGCGCCUAUUUGUUCAGACCAUCGAAGUUCGAUCCCAUGCAGAACAUCACCGAACGGUUCCCUGUUAUGAGACUUAUCAGAGGAGACUUAAGUUCAGAGUUGACUGUCAUUUAUCCCAAUUAUAUUGAAGUGAAGUUCAAAGUGUAUAACACAUACGCCUCCGUUGGAAGCGCUCUUCAAAUGCACUGUAAGUUUGAUGUCUCCGAAAGACCAGAUCUCGUGAAUUGGGAGUUAAUUAUGAGAUUAGAGACAGACAUCGAUAGCAUUGAUCCAAAAGAUGGUCGAAAGAGAUUUUUCGUCGAUUCAAACGGCUUUCAAAUGAUGGAAAGGAAAUAUACCGACAAUUUGGGUAUUGAAGGCAACUAUUAUCCCAUGACUUCUGCUCUCUAUAUCGAAGACAAUAACUCGAGGCUCACAUUACUCUCGUCUCACUCUCGGGGAGCGUCGAGUCCUUUCAACGGAACCGUUGAAGUGAUGCUCGAAAGGAAACUCCAAUUCGACGACAAUAGAGGUCUCGGCGGAGGAAUUCUUGACAAUAAGUUAACGGUUUCGCGCUUUUGGAUCGCAAUCGAGCGCAUCGACCAAAACGUCUCCAAAGAGCCAAUUGUCCCAAAUUUAUCCCAAUUAAUGCACUCAUUGUUGUCGACCCUUCUGUACGAACCCAUUGUAUUGGCGUCCGAUGGCCGCGAAGACCGACCCAUUCAUACGGCGCUGCGUUUUCUGAGCGAUCCGUUGGAUUGCAACCUAUUUCUAGUCAAUAUGCGAACCCUUCCCGACGCCAAUGACUUCAAUUCGCCGUCAUUUUCGAGUCUACUUGUGGUCCACAACAGAGACAACUCGUGUCGCACUCGACGACAG